ACACACACACACACACCGGCGCAUGCGCACUGAAAAGCCGCUCAACAGCUACUUGAACUAACUUGGCGCCGGCGCGAGAGAGUUACAGCCAACCGACUAGCUCUGGCCAACCGCUGCUGAAGAAGGCAGAAUAGAUCACUUACAUCUUACAUACUGAAGGUCAUGGCCAGAAGAAGUGGAUGCCGGCAAACUAGAUCUGUGAAAGGAAAUGCACACAAGAUAGCAAAAGUAAAGAAAGAGUCCAACAAGAGGAGAAAAUCAAUAAAAAAGCUGAAUGACUCUCAGAAUGAAUGGAGGCAGAAUGAUCUGAACAGUGUGAGUAAAGCUGCGGAGGUGUCUGACUCGUCUGCUCAAACUCCAGAUGCACAGCCAUCUCCACUCCCAACACUCAGUUGGUGCUGCUCAGAGGACGUCUGGAUGAAGAUGCUUAGUAAGGAGAUAAAGUACAAACACAGCAAGAGCAGUCUGCACGGACACCCGUCACUGCGCUCCAAAAUGAGAGCGAUGCUACUCGACUGGCUCAUGGAGGUGUGUGAAGCAUACACGCUUCACAGAGAGACAUUCUACCUGGCUCAGGACUUUUUUGACAGGUACAUGUUGUCCCAAAGCGAUGUGAAGAAGGAUCAACUGCAGCUCAUAGGAAUCACCGCUCUGUUCAUCUCCUCCAAAAUAGAGGAAAUAUAUCCUCCGAAAAUCAGUGAUCUGGCUUAUGUGUCUGACGGAGCCUGUCUGGAGGAGGAGAUCCUACAGAUGGAGCUGAUCAUGUUAAAGGCGUUAAACUGGAAUCUUUGUCCAGAGACUGUCGUCUCGUGGAUGAAGCUCUACAUUCAGAUCGCGUCACUGUACGACGUCACCAAUCUAUUAGUACCUCAGUUUUCUCAGGAAACAUACAUUCAGGUCACACAGCUUUUGGAUUUGUGCAUCCUUGAUAUCAACUCUUUGGACUUUAAAUAUGGAGUCUUAGCGGCAGCUACUUUGUGCCAUUUCAUGUCAGCUGAUGUCGUCCAAAAAGUGUCGGGACUGAAAUGGGAAGCCAUUGAGACGUGUGUGAACUGGAUGGCUCCUUUCGUGGAAACCGCAAUGCGUUACGAGAGCGCACAGUUGAAAGAAUUUGGGCAAGUGCUGCCUGAAGACAGACACAACAUUCAGACACACGUGAACUACCUCUGCAUGCUGAAGGAGGCUCAGGAGAAACAGUCAGAAAGCCUGGGGCCUUUCUUCCCACCAACACCACCGAGCAGCACUGAGAAAACCAGCUAACACUAGUGUUCAUACUGCAGGACCACUGAAUGUGCCUUAGGCGUACUGUGAUUUUUUUUUCAAUCACUCAAGUUCCAGACUUUAUCUCAAGAGUUCAGGUCAUACGUUGUAAAACUGUAAUAUGUACUAUGUGUACAGUGCUUGAACUGCUAUUUAAGUAACUUUCAUAAACUGCACUGUUUUAUAUUCUGAAUAGGCAACUUAUGUUUCCCAGUGUUGAUUAUGUCCUUUUUAUACUUUACAGUACGAAAACAUUGUGCAAAAACAAAAAAACAAAAAAAAAAACAAGAGCAGGCCUCAGGAUUGCUAGUGUAGUAUUUUUUUUCCUAUUUCCUAUUUGUAUUUCUUUUUGAUGUUCAAAAGCCGACUACUUAAAAUAUGAUUCAUGAAAACAUUACAUUUCCUGUCAGCACAAUGUUCUUUGUUAUAUAGUAUACUAUAAGUAUACUGUUUACUUGUAUAUAAAAUGUAAGCUGUGUACCAAUAUCAACUUAGUACCAAAGGCAUUAAUUGUUCCUUAUAGGCACAUAAUUGUGAAAAUUGGAUAUGCGUGUGUAAAUGCAUACAUGUAUACACACACCUCUGUAUACAUUUGUACAGUAUGAAAAUAGGAGACAACCUAAAUUAACGUAGGCAUAUUUAUUUGAAAAUUGUUUUUGAUUUUUUUUUUCCCAGUAUAAACAAAAAGCACACACUCUUGGAAUGAAUUUAAAAAUAGAGUUUAGCCAGGGCCUGUAGGAAUUUCUUCUUUCUUUUUUGCGCUGCAAGCUGCAAGACUUCCUCUGGAUUACUGGAGUUUAACUCUGUCUGUCCGAUGGCCUUGAUCUGUGUUCAAAUAGAUUUACCAUCAUUAGCUUCAUAUCUAUGUACUGUGAACUAAUUUAGUUUCCUUUGUAAUGUCCGAUUGUUCCAUCUGAAAAAAAACUUCUGUACAAGUCUAGCUUUGAAACUGCAUUGAAAUUAAAUAUUGGUAGAUAUUGUUAAUUGCAUUAUUUUGCAUUAUAUUGCAUUAUUUUGUAUUAUAUUGCAUUAUUAUCUGCAAUUAAAUGUUUUAAAUAGUCAA